AUGUUAGAACGACAAACCACAGGAAAGGAUUCUUCUCUCAGUCUCUCGGUCCAGGAGUAUCUCCUCAUGGAAGACGCGGUAGCUCCACAAGCACAAGCUUCCCCGCCACUGCCACCACAGGUCUUGGUGUUAAUCAAGGAAGAGUCUCUUACUGCCUCACCUCACCACGAGAACGAGAGACGCCCGAAAGAGAGCGCCGAAAGUUCUUCCCCCGUUGUUGUAAUUAUCACUGUCCAAGAGCAGCAGCCGUCGUGUUCCUACGAUUCCUCCAAGCCCCAAGAGAUAGCCACAGCAGCAAGCUCGGCCCAGCAGCAGCAACAUCACGAACUGGUGUGUAGAGUCUGCCAGUUGGGAUCCCCGGAAGUUCGUGGCGAGCUCAUGGAGCUGGCUUGCGUGUGCAAAGAUGAUCUAGCAGUUGCCCAUCGUCGGUGCGCGGAGGCCUGGUUUCAAAUCCGAGGGAACAGGAGGUGUGAGAUAUGCGGGAAGAUCGUCACCAACAUCACGCUCAAACGGGGAAUGUGGAGCCGAGUGACCCGUAUAAUUAACCCCGAGGUAGAGCCCAGCCGGCAUCCACAUUGCAACGUUUUGGUAACGCUCUUCACAAUGGCGAUCCUGCUACCGCUCUUUGUCCGGCUAGCUAUCUAUAGAUGAAGGGGAUUUCUGAAGAAGCAAAUAGUCAGUUUCACGAAAACAAAAAUGACGAAAGAGAAAGAAGCUCUUCACCUGGAA